CAACCGGAGCCAACCGGAGCUCAGCCCGCCCGGAGCUCAGCCCGCCCGGAGCUCAGCCCGCCCGGAGCCCGCUGAGGCCCGCCCGGAGCGCCCCGGAGGCGGCCCCGGGCCCGCGGGCGCCGCAGCUGCGCCAUGGAGGCUGAGCUGUACCUGGAGAACAUCGACGAGUUCGUGACGGACCAGAACCGCAUCGUGACCUACAAGUGGCUGAGCUACACCCUGGGGGUCCAUGUCAACCAUGCCAAGCAGAUGCUGUUUGAGUACGUGGAGAAGAAGAGGAAGGAGAGCUCUGGUGCCCAGCUCCACGUCACCUACCUGCUGGCAGGGGACCUGCUGCACGACGGGCACCUGUGCCACAGGGUCGCGGUGGUGAGGGAGGAGCAGCUGGAAGCCAGGAGGGCCAAGCUGGCAUCGCUCUGCAGCCUGCACAUCUACAGCGUCCAGCGGGCACAGCUGCGCGACUCUGCUGCCCUCUACAGCGCCGACUACGACCUCACCAAGGCCGCCCUGGGCACCGCUGCCAGGUUCAGUGCCAUCCACUGUGCCAGCGCCGUGCCCAGGCCCCCCCCGGCAGCCCCUGCGGGCGAGGCCCCGGCGCAGGCAGCGCCCAAGGUGCCCCCUGGUGCCCCCAGCAGCGCUGGCACCGCUGGCACCACACCCCAGCUCAACGGGCAGGCAGCCUGCGGUGCCAGGCAGCAGCCCAAGGGCAUCAUGGGCAUGUUCGCCAGGAAGGUGGCACCCAGGGGGCAGGAGAGCAGCAGGGACAGGGCAGAGGGCAAAGAGCCUGCGGCUGUGGCAGCUGGCAGCAGGGCCCCAGCCAAGAGCCUCCUGGGCAACUUCUUCGGCAAGGCUGCACUGAGCAAACUCAGAGGCACUUCGGUGCCAGAGCAGCCCAAGGAGGAGGAGGAGGAAGCACAGGAGGAGGAAGAGGCCUCAGCUCCUGCAGCAGUGCCAGGCAGCAGCAGGGCAGUGCCCGGGGCUGGGGAGGAGGCAGAGGCUGGCAGGAGCCAGUGCCAGGACAGCAAGAGGGCGUCUGUGGCUUCCCCUGGCAGCGGCAGGAGGCUGCGGCGGGAGGAGGAGGAGGAGGAGGAGGAGGAGGAGGAGCAGGAGGAGGAGGAGCAGGAGCAGGGCCCUGGGCAGGGCCAGCGCCGCAGGAAGCGACUCAGGGAGCCGCAGGCCGACAGCAGCGAGGAGGAAGGUGCCCAGCAGCCACCCCCGGCCGAGGAGGCUCCAAGGGCUGAGCCUGCGGGCACAGAGCGAUGCCCACAGGGGGCAGGGAGGAGGAGGAGGAGGCAAAGAGUGCUCAAGUCCAAGAUGUUCAUCGACGAGGAGGAAGGCUGCAUGGUCACUGAGAAGGUCUACGAGAGUGAGUCCUGCAGCGACAGCCAGGACGAGUCCUGCGGCCCUGUGCCCGCCGUGCCAGCUGUGCCAGCCGUGCCCGCCCGGGCAGCAGCCCCGCCCCCCCGCGAGCAGCGCCGGGGCCGGGCGCGGGGGGCAGCAGCUGGCACCAGAGCCACCAAGCAGCCUUCCAUCGUCGGCUUCUUCCACAGGAAGUGACCUGGCACCGCUGGGCACGGGGGCUGAGUGCCCUCUGGUGCUCUGUGGUGCCCCUCUCAUAGGGCACCCCCGGGCAGAGCCCUGCUGGAGCUGCGGGCACAGAGGGCACUGCCCAGCUGGGGCCUGCCUGGGUGCCCUCAGGUGCCCGCAGCAGGGCCCUGGCACAGCAGCUCACAAUAAACCUCUGCCCUGCUCUUC